UUUUACUUUGGGCGAAUCAUACGUUUUUGCCAAAUAUUAUUCUGAGGAAUUGUUUUAUAUUCCCGCUUUAAAAAUGACUGAAAGUCAGGAAAAUAUUUUCCUCUUCGUUCCUAACAUUAUUGGUUUUGGGAGAGUAAUCCUUGCAAUUAUAUCUUUUUAUUUUAUGCCAACACACUGUAUUUUGGCGUGUGUUUGCUAUGUUACUUCUGCUUUAUUGGACGCUAUCGAUGGGCAUGCCGCAAGAUACUUUAAUCAAAGCACAAAGUUUGGUGCAAUUCUGGAUCAACUCACAGACCGUGCGGGCACUGCUUGCCUCAUGAUGACCCUGGCAACAUUUUACCCACAGUACACAUUCUGGUUUCAAAUAUCCAUGGCAAUUGACAUCACAUGCCACUGGCUGUACCUCCACACCGUAACCCUGCAGGGCAAGGCUUCCCACAAAUUCAUUGACAUGUCUGAGAAUCCUGUCAUGCGUAUCUAUUACACAAACAAAUUGGUUCUCUUCUUCAUGUGUGCUGGCAAUGAAGCUUUCUAUGCAGCUCUCUAUGUGAUGUACUUCUACAGUGGACCUACAGUUCUUGGAGUUGGCCUGUACAAGCUGAUUGCUAUCAUCUCAGCACCAGUAGCUAUUGUGAAGGCUGGCAUAUCAGUUCUGCAGGGUGUUGUCGGGGCCAUCAACUUGUCUACUAUUGACAUCAAUGAGCGGGCUGCUCUAGCUGCUAAACAAAAGAAUUAAACACAAUACAAUUAGGUCACAAGCAGAAUGUUAUACUAUCAAAGAAUUUAAAUACCCACUUGAUUUGAAUUCAAUUGAUUCUAAAAAAUAUUUGCAUAAUAAAGUUAACUGUUAAAGUAAAGCUAGUCACCCCAAGAAUUUACAUAAUUAAGUACUACGAAAAUCCUGAUUUUGAUUAUUUAUUUUGUUGUUACCAAAAAAGAUGUUUUAUUGUGAAAAUCAUGGUCUGCCUAUUUAUGUUGUAAGCACUUCAAGUUGUUUUACUGUCAAUGUAACUGGUUUGUGUUUAUUUUAAUUAAUAAUUUUGCAAAUAUACACUUAUAUGUCACUUGCAAUGGUAACUAACCCUGUUAUUAAUUUGUUUAUUUAUAAUUAUGUUAAUCCACUAUGAUUUUAUUGUUGAGGCACAUGUAUAGUUUGCGAAUCUCCAUUUAAUGUUGCGAAUAUUAAUUAAGCUAGCUGUUCUAUAAUUCUGAAUACCUUCUUCAUUGAGGUCCUAUUCAGUCUUCUUUGUAAGCUUGAACAAGUAUAAUAUUUUAUGGUAAUGGUAGUAUGUAAAUCGUUUGAUGUGAAUGUGAUGUCUUUGUGGUGCAAUUAUUAUGUUGAAGUAGUAUGUAGUGUCUACCCAUUACUGUUGUAAAAUGUGAACUUCCACCAUGAUUAAUUUCUUUUAUGACUGUUUGUAAUCACUACCUGAGAAACCAUAAUUAAUCGAAUCGCAUUUAUUAUUUCAGGUUUGAUGCAUUUUAUUUUUAGAUACCUUUUUAUAUAUUUUUUUCGUUUAUAUUUACAUUCCAUCCAAUAUGAAGUAAAAGAAUAAAUUUUCUGUUUUUACUUUUAAUCUGAACUAUUUGUAUAACACAGGCUUAUAUUACUUCAUUUUAGUAAAAGCAUGCUGUAAAACAUGAUAAUAUUUAUGUCAUAUAAGAUUUACUUUGCAAUUUUAUGAUAGAACAGAUAAAAAUAUAAUCUUUAUAUCUUUAAGAGGUGGUGCCAAUAAUGUUGAGGAAACUACACAAGAAACUGAUUGUAAUCAAGGUUUAAUUAGUCUAAUUGAAUCUAUUAUACUCUUGAGUUCUAUUUAUUAUAAUCCGUUGAAGUUUACCGGCUAAGUGGUUAAUAACAAUUGUCUUAUUUAUAUUACGUGAUUAAUUUUUCUAACAUCAAAUUCUAAUUGCAAAUAUCGAAGACUUGAAAUUAUAAAGUAGUCAAACUAAAUUAUUUUUAAUUUGACGUAAUUGCAACAUAGAAGAAAUAAAUGUGCAUAUAAAACGCAUUUUUAUGAACUAAUCUCUUCAUAGAACAUUUAUGAAUUGGUUAUGACAUCAUCACAAACUAGUUGGUCAUUACGUUGGAAUAUUGUAUGUAGGUGUACUUCCAAGUUAAUAAUAAUAUUGCACCUAUAUUUAUUCUAUAAUCGAUCUCUGGGCGAAAUAUCCGAAUAAAAGGUAUUUACUUUAUCAAAAGUGAAAUGAAUUUUGUUGUACAAUCUGGUAGGCUAAGCCUAAUAUUAUGAAUAAUUGAUAUUUGUAUAUUAUGUGUUGAUCCUAAUAAAAGUAAAAAGUAGUUUUGUUUUUAAUUUUAUUGUUGAAUGAAACAAAACAUUUAUUAGUAAGAUUUUUAUUUCAUUUUUUAGAAGUAAAGCAAAUAAUAUAGUAUUGUGAAGGCCCCAAUGUUGUUACUUACUGAAGCAGUAUUAAAAAUAACACUUUAUAGUGAAGAGUGAAUAAUACUAAGAAUUAAUAAUUAUUUGAAAAAUAAUAGUUAGCAUUAUAGCAUAAACUUAUCAUUGUUAAAAUAAUGUUAAAUUAUCCUUUCAAACUGCUCAUUCCUGCUCUCAUAAUCUCAUCAACAAGGAGGAGGUUGCUGGCAAUAACGGAACAGGAGUUGACAAUUUGUUUCUUAACAACAUAGUUGUCAAUGAUGCCCAAGUCGGUUGGUUUGAUAGCUUCGCCAGUACUCAAGUCGAGGCCAAUGGGAUCAGGGCUUAGGCGCGACUCCUCCUGAAGCUUCACAAUAGUGUCUUGAGCAUCAUAGCCUGAAUUGAUAGCUAAGGUUUUGGGGAUUACUAACAGAGCUUCGGCGUAAGCCUGGAUACCCAGACGUGCUUUUCCCUUGACAGUGUCCUUGUAUUUCAAUAAUUCCGUGUUGGCUUUGAUCUCAAAGGCGCCAGCGCCUGGGAUAACACACUUAUCUUCGAUGGCAUUGUUGAUAGCCCUAAGGCCGUCACGGACGGCAUCUUUGAUCUGUGCAAGAGUGUGCUUGUUGGGUCCCUUGAUAAGAAUAGUUACAGAUUGGGGAUUCUUGCACUGCUCUACAAAGGUAUAUUUCUCUUCACCAAGAAUAUGCUCAUACACAAGACCAGCAUAACCCAGGCACUCCUCAUUAAGGCCAUCAACAGAGUUCAUGGCGAUGCCACCGCACGCCAGAGCCAGACGCUCCAUGUUACGUCUCUUAGCCCUGCGUAAUCCCAUAAUGCCCUCCUUAGCGAAGGCGUCGAGGGAAAGAGGGUCAAUACCUUUCUGGUUGAUAACAACAAAGUUCUUGUCUGUGCCAUCACAAACCUUUUUCUUCAGAGCAAUAAUC